CGGCGGCGGCGCAACUCUUGCAAGCAACGAUGGCGAACGGCAUGACCAAGGAGCAAGAAAUCCAAGAGUUUGUGGAGAUCUGUCACGAACUCAAGCGCGAGGUCUUGAACGUCAUGACGAAAAAGUACACCAUGCCCACAGAAGCAGUUGAAUGGGUCAAUGACAUGAUUGAUUACAACUGCAUUGGCGGCAAGAUGAACCGCGGCAUCAGUGUUAUCCACUGUGCCGAGGCGCUCACACAGGGCAAGGGCUUGACCCCUGAAGCCCGCAAGAAGGCUGCGAUUUUGGGUUGGUGCAUCGAAUGGCUCCAAGCCUUUUUCCUAGUUGCCGACGACGUGAUGGACGAAUCCAUCACCCGCCGUGGCCAACCUUGCUGGUUCCGCGUUCCCAAGGUGAAGCAAAUCGCAAUCAACGACGCGUUCUUGUUGGAAUCGUUCGUGUAUUCCAUCUUGAGGACGCACUUUCGCAGCGAGACGUACUACAUUGACUUGGUCGAGUUGUUCCAAGAAGUGAUUUUGCAAACCGAAUUCGGUCAGCUCCUCGACUUGACGUCCCAGCCGCUGGACGGCCCGACUAACCUGGACCGCUUCACCAUCGAACGUCACCAAAAGAUCGUCGUCUUCAAGACUGCUUACUACACGUUCUACCUCUCUGCCGCCUGCGCCAUGCACAUCAGCGGCGUGACAGACCCCGCGUGCUACUCGCAAUGCCAAGACAUUUGCGUCAAGAUUGGCGAGUACUUUCAAGUCCAAGACGACUACUUGGAUUGCUAUGCCGACCCCAAGGUCCUCGGCAAGAUUGGCACGGACAUCCAAGACAACAAGUGCAGCUGGUUGGUCGUCCAAGCCCUCUCGCGUGGGACGGAAGCUCAGCGCGCGAUCAUCAAGGAACACUACGGCAAGAACAACGAAGCGUCGAUCCAAAUUAUCAAGGACUUGUACGUCCAGUUGGACUUGGAAGCCGUCUACCGCGCGUACGAGAACGACAGCUACGACGAGUUGUGCAAGCUCAUCAACGGCGUCACCAACAUGCCCACGACCGUGUACCACAUGCUCCUCAGCAAGAUUUACAAGCGCACGAUGUAAACAUCCACACGAUCUACAACGCAACGUGCCUUACCAACGUUUUGAGUUGCAUCCUGAGGCGAUGCUCAUCCAGACGUGUGAACCAAAGCAACCAUGACGUCGCGUCUCUAUCAUGUUUUAUAUAUUUCCAAAAUAUCUUCCUUUUUGUAUGCAAGA